UGCAUAAUAAUUUUGAUUACUAUUGAAUCAGUUAGUUUUUUAAUGAAUCAGUUAUUCUUAGCAUUUUUGUUUGAUUAUUGAUUUAUACUUCAAUAUUUUUUUAGGUUGGAACAAACCCUCGAGAAGUGAUGCAACUUCCAUCGACAAUAGGUAGAUGUCAAAAUCUAAAUGAAUUAUUGUUGAGAGUUUAUCCCCAAUUGGAUGUGACAAAUACAUCAACCCCAACAUUUUUAACUGAACGCACGAUUCUCUUUGCUCGGAAUGAUGACGUGAAUGCAAUAAAUGGAACUGCACUAAAUAUUUUCUCAGGGAAAUAGAUACACUUAUCUAGCUGCAGAUAAAAUGUCUGAGGAUGACGGAAUGGAUAGAAGCAUCAGUAACAGAUAUCCCAACGAGUAUCUUAACUCAUUAGAUCCUACUGGGCUACCGCCUUUUAAGCUAGAGUUGAAAGUGGGUUGUCCUAUAAUAUUGUUAAGAAAUAUUGCCCCAAAGGAUGGAUUUUGUAAUAGCACAAGGAUGAUGGUUGUCAGAUGCGGCUCCCGUAUUAUUGAAGUUAAGAUUUUAACAGGAGAAAAAUUUGGCAAAUUGGCCUUCAUACCAAGAAUAUCUUUAUCACCAUCAUCUUCAGAUUUUCCUUUUCAUAUGACCAGCCGUCAAUUUCCAGUUCGCUUGGCAUAUGCUAUGAUUAUUAACAAAUCACAAGGACAAUCAGUGAAAUUCGUUGGGGUUGAUUUGCGCACACCUGUGUUUAGUCAUGGGCAACUAUAUGUGGCAUUAUCAAGGUGCACGUCUUUUGAUCGUAUAACUGUCCUUCUCCCAGAAGAGGAAACAGAUUCCACUACCAAUAUUGUUUACCCUGAAAUUCUGCUGUAGUUUGCUUUAUCAUACCAGGUAUAACGAGUUGCAGAGUAUUAUACUUUAGUUGACAUAUCCUCUCUUAAACAAAUGACUUGGCAUACUAACUAGGCUUCUGUUGACAUAUCA